UGGGAGCAUUAACACUUUUCCGCACUGCCUGGAUCAGGUACCCCACAGCUGCUAUUUGCAUCAACAGGAGUUAUAUUCCAAUGUAAAUAGCAAGGACAGGGAAGGAUCUAAAUCAGGACUAUGUAGACACUGCUGUCCAUCAGAAGAAAUAAUUAGUGGAUUGUGUAUGGAAAACGUCACCCUAUCAGUUCAGUGCCUGACUUGAAUAGCUCAUAUAAGCAACUCAUUGAUGCCAUGCAUACUCACUGUCUUGAGAUAUGACACAACACUACACCCCUUGGGAGUUUCUUCCCUUUUUGUAAACAGCGUUUCACAUUUGUGUUUGACAGAAGCAGAGAGAAGCAGGCUAUUCAACAACCACUGCCAAAAGGAGGCUGUGUAAGUGAAAAGUUAAGGCAGAUCCUGGAGUCCAGUGACCCUGUCUUUUAUGCCGUUCAACACAACAUACAGCCUCAGUAUACUGGAUUUUCUGGAACAGAAAUAAGUUUUCAGUAUCGGAAUUCAUGUGACAAAAGCAAAUUGGAGUACUGUACUGAAGCUUUCAUUUAAUAUUUGAUAAAUACUAAACAUUUGAGUUAACCAGAAUUGAUGCAUCUGCUUCUAUUGUCUGAGAAGAUGUAAAGUUCAUUCCUCUUCUUUAAAAAAGAAAAAAGAAUAAUCUAAAGUACCAUGCAGACAGCCAACCCAAGAAUUUGGAAUAACUGGGAGUAAACUGGAUGCAAGCAGCAACAAAAUGAAGCAGCACCAGCAAAUGAGACAGACACAGUAGAGAAAAAGAAAUUGCAGAGCUAGUGUGUGCAGAAUGUAUUUCUAAUACAGAAAGCUUCCUACCUGGGGAGUGUGUCUCAGUAUAUGGAGAUACAGCAUCCACAGAUGGUCUUCAAUCAGUCAUCUGAUGGGUGUCUUCUUCAAAGGACAGAUGAUGAAGCUAUAGCAACUUAAAAGAACCUGAUGUUAAUACGCCAAGAAAAAGGAUGGAAGAAAAAUUGUAUAGCAAUUCAACUGUUGUCAAUGGUACAGCUGCAAACCAUAAACAUUUAGAAGGUCAUAGCCUUUGGGAAGUAAUUACCAUUGCUACUGUAACAGCCAUUUUAAGCUUAAUAACCAUAGUGGGGAAUGUUCUUGUAAUGAUAUCUUUCAAAGUCAACAGCCAACUCAAGACAGUGAACAAUUACUAUUUACUCAGUCUUGCUUGUGCUGACCUUAUCAUUGGAAUAUUUUCCAUGAAUCUUUAUACGUCCUACAUAUUAAUAGGAUACUGGUCUCUUGGAAGUCUGGCAUGCGAUUUGUGGCUGGCCCUGGACUACGUAGCUAGCAAUGCCUCUGUAAUGAAUUUGCUCGUUAUCAGUUUUGACCGAUACUUUUCUAUCACAAGGCCAUUGACCUACAGGGCUAAACGCACACCCAAAAGGGCUGGCAUUAUGAUUGGCUUAGCCUGGCUAAUUUCCUUUAUCCUUUGGGCACCAGUAAUCUUAUGUUGGCAGUACUUUGUAGGGGAACGAACUGUCCCACCUGGAGAAUGCCAGAUACAGUUUUUGUAUGAACCAAUUAUCACCUUUGGUACUGCAAUUGCAGCUUUUUAUAUUCCAGUUUCGGUGAUGACCAUUUUGUAUUGCCGUAUUUAUAAAGAGACUGAAAAACGCACCAAAGACCUGGCUGAACUUCAAGGUUCUAAUUCUGUGGCUGAGUUUGAAAUGAUAAAGCCCCAGAAAGCCUUGCUGAAGUCAUGUUUUAGUUGCAAGCAACAAAACUUGGCGAAAAGGGAAAGAUGUCAGGCUUCAUGGUCUUCAUCCAGUCGAAGUACUUCAGCAACAGCAAAAGCAUCCGAAAUUCAAAAUACUUGUCAUGAAUGGUCUAAAGCAGACCAACUAACCACUUGCAGCAGCUAUGCAUCUUCAGAAGAAGAGGAUAAACAUGCCUCUGAUUCAGUCUUUCAAGUAGUGUAUAAGACCCCAGUAAAAGGGAAGGAUGAUGAACAUACAGAAGAGAAGAAGGAAGCUUCAAUCAAAGACCAUCCUACAGAAAAGGACUAUGAGACUCAGAAAUACUUUCUAACACCAACCAAAGGCCAUGUUCAAAAAAGUAACAAAUGUGUAGCUUAUAAAUUUCGCUUAGUGGUUAAAGCUGCUGGCACCCCAGAAACUAACAAUGGCUGCCGAAAAGUAAAAAUCACUCCAUGUUCUGCCACUUUAUCCAAGGACACUUCCAUGAAAAGCAUGGAUCCAAACAUAAAUAAUCAAAUCACUAAAAGAAAAAGAAUGGUUCUUAUAAAGGAGCGUAAAGCAGCCCAGACUUUAAGUGCCAUUCUUCUAGCUUUCAUAAUCACUUGGACACCAUACAAUAUAAUGGUUUUGGUCUCCACGUUCUGCUCAGAUUGUAUUCCUCCAACAUUGUGGCACCUUGGCUAUUGGUUAUGCUAUGUAAAUAGUACUGUUAACCCAAUCUGCUAUGCUCUCUGUAACAAAACUUUCAGAAAAACCUUUAAGUUGCUCCUCUUCUGUCAGUGGAAGAAGAAGAAAAUGGAAGAGAAGUUAUACUGGCAGGGCAAUACAAAGCUGCCUUAAUUUAAAUUAAAGUGUUUGAAAAAUAAUUGGCCUUGACCAGGCACUGUAAAUUAAAUUGGCCACAAGUCUUUCUUUGUAGAGUUGUUGCUUUGAAUGUCUGGAAACAAAAGAAGGAAAUUGUGUGAUUAUAAAUAUAUACUUAUGACUAUGAAGAAAGCAGCCACAGUGAUAAACAUUGGUGUAAUUGUCAAUGACUAUUCAGUGGAGCAGUAUUAAUGUCUAUAUCUUAGGAAGUUUCGUGUUCAUACUUCUACCAGAUAAAGCAGAAAGUCAAAAGACCAUAAUGAUCAGUGAUGGACUAGAUCCAUACAUUCAUUGUCCACAUUAUUAGAACGCAACAUUGCGCCUUCCUACGUAUUUUUCUAACAGCUUUCUCCAGAUUAAUUAUAACUGUCCAAUAAGAAGAGGCUUAGCAUAACUUCUCCUGGAGCUUUCCCAGACAGUAGGCUUUACCGCAGGAUUAAGAGGGGUGAAGUACUGAGAGUUAAGGAUAUUUUGAAUUUGCCUUUAAAAAAGACACAAAAGAUGGAUUUAGAAAUACAUCUUACAUAAAUUGGUCCAGACUCUAAUGAGCAAUGAAAAACCUGAAUUGUGUAUGGCGUGCUCCCCAAUAGCUCGCAGGGACUUCAACUUAAAGCCAGGCGAUAUAUGAACGCACACUUGCCCUUCUGUGGUUAAAGUUAAAUCGCUGUCUGGAAACACUCCUGGUAGAAGUCUUUCCUGGUUGCAUGGAAGCAGAAGGAAGGCAAAUAUCACUGGCCAACAAUAAAUGACUGCGAUCUUUGGACAGACUUGUUCUUGGUGUUCGUUGCAAGGCUAUGAACAUUGUCUGAGAUUUAUUUCUUCUUCUGUGAGGGUCAGUAGCAAAUGGACUGUAUGGUGGUGUCUUUUGCAAAUGAAGGAGCCAAUAACAGUACUAACUUUGAGAAAUUAAUGUUACCUACAAAUAAUGGCAGUAAUAAUUUUAUUUUGAAUUUUAUUUGUUCAUACAUAAAUAGUUCUGAAGCUGUUUUGUUUUUUAAAUCCAGUGUAUUUGGAUUGUUGAAAUGAAAAACAGAACUAACUUUAUGUGCUCUUACCUGCAAUCUUGCCUGCAAUCCAAAGUAUGGCAUCCAUGAAAAUGGUACAAGAAUACAACUUGUUUAUUACCAUUCCAAAUAACUAUUAUAGCACCCCAAUCCUAAACACAUUUCUUGGAAGUAAGGAGAAAUAAGAUUACUUAGCAAUCUUAUGUGAGUUUUAUGUUAUUUCCUUCUGUGGAUUUGCCUUCGUUCUGUACUGGAGUUUUAUAACACAUUAAGCAAUGCUCCUUUGAUUUCUAUGGAACUUCCAAGCAUGUGUGUUCCGGAUGUGUGCAGCUUUAAGUUAUGAGCUGAGUUUCACUUACUCAUGAGUAAAGUUAACUAUAAUGUUGACCUUUCAUUAGCUUUACUCCCAAGUAACUUUUUAGAUUUGGGACUUUAGACCCUAACACAUUUCUUGAAAGCAAAUUAUUUGAAAUAAAUUAAAUGGUUUGCCAGUAUGUUUACAAACAUAUACCAUAUUAAAAAGAAAGGUAUUGCUUGAAGAAGCAACAGCUCCUGUAUGUGAAACAGGUAUUUUAACUAUCAUAAGGCUAAUGCUUAACACUGCAAUUCUGUAUCCAGUUUUACAAACAUUUACUCAUUGAAUAAUUUUGAGUCAGCUUACUCCAUGAAUCACAUCAUCUGUGUCAGUCAAAUAGAUAGAAGUGACUAAAGCAAUGUGAAAAAGAGAGAUGAGUCAAUCACCUACCUCUCUUUCCUUUAGAUUUUUGGUGGCAAUAGCUGAAUGCCUAAAUCCCCAGCACAAGUAGGGAAGUCCAUCAAGCAUCAGCAGGAAGUUACUGAGGCUAUAACCCUUCUGGCAGGAUAGGAAAAGGAUAUAUACAAUGGCUAUUUUAGUGUCUCUCUGUAUAAAGAAGGGUACUUAUGCCACAUAGCUGUUGCAGUAGAGAUGAGGAACUGACAGGAUAAAGGCAGUAACUGGGAUAAUUACAGAGUAAGUGGUCUGAGAAUUGCAAUUAAAAUCAGCUAUCAAAGUAAACUGAUGAAGCACAAAGCAACAGAAGUCAAAGUGUACAAAGUGCUAUGAAAAUAAAUGGUUAUUUAUACAAGAGCACAGAAAGCUAAAGAUUUAAAAUGAUGCAGAGCCUAGCUAUUCUGUCCCAGCACCCUGAUCCAAUAGGUGUGGGAGAUCUGCAGCACACACAGAGAUUCCUACCAGCAAGGGCUUCCCCAUUCACUUCUGUAGAGGGCACAAUUCCAUGUACUCAAAGGGACACUGCUUAUAUGGAAAUGUUCCCCUCACUGAAGUGAACAGAGAUGAUGAUUCAUGCUCUGUAUAUGAACAGGAGUGCACCUGAGCUCUGGGCUGGGAAUGAAGACUGGAAUACAACACUAAGGUACAAUCCUGCAAACCUUUAGCAGCAAGAUUUACCUUAUUGGCUGUAGGACUGGAAAGAUCUAUAGUUUUCAGAAACAAAUGAAUCUUUGUUGUUCCAUAGCUCUGGCAUUAAAGGUUUGCCGAAUUGCAACUUAAACAUAAACUCCAGUCACAAAACUACCCUGCCCGAGUUCAAGGAUGAAUACAUGCACAGUUUGGGUUUCAGUGUCGAGUGGAUCUCUGUAUUGCAUCAUUUACAACUAUAGCUUAAUAUGGUAACUGCACAGUUGUGAAAUGUAAUGUUGCACACUUCGGAUAUUACAUCGCAAAUUUCAUGAGAGUUAUUGUAUAUUUAUAUUUGCUUCCAAUGAUGUCAUAAGCAUUUAAAUUAAUAACUGGUGCAUUGGAAAAGAUAAGGUUCCUCCUCUGCAGCUAUAGCUGUGUUAAUUACAACACUGUAAAUAACUUGACUACUGUGCAAGUUGUUUACAAAGGAUUCCCCCUUUUUAAUUUAAAAGGAGGGGAUUAGAUAUCAUUUAAAACUAUUUGUAUAAUAAUGUGAACAUGUAUAUUCUAGAUUCAAUAUUAUUGAUUCCACGCAUUUUGUAUUGUGCCAAUUGUUUUUGAUGCUUUUGCAUAUAAUUGCUAAAGGAAAGUGUGGGUUAUUAUAGAGACCUCUUUGAUUACUUUCUUCAGUCACCAUUGAAGCAUUUUCUGUGCAUAGAGUAUGCUUUUGAGUUACACUUGCUUAUUUUGAAUGUGAACAAACAUACAUAUGUGUAUGAUAUGUGUGUUUGAUUAGAAUGGCAUUCAAUUUUAUGACACAAUCUGUGUAAUAAUGGCAAAAUGUGUAAGACUGUAAAAGUUCUGCUAGCUGCAAUGUUAUUGCUGAAGAAAAGCUUUGCCUUUUACUAUUGAAGUUAAAUGGAAAGUAAUUUUUGUCACCAGUUUCUGUUGAGCAGGAAUGUUUUUAUAAAUGUUUAUGGUCUGUUUGUUGAGUAGAUAUAUAAGAUUACACCGUGAUGGAUGCCAAAGUAUCAGUUAAGUGUAACUAUUAACUAUGUGCUCAACCUAUGCUGCUAAAAAUGGAGACGUUACACUGCCGAACUCUGGGAUACAUUGUAAAUAUCUGGAACUGUAUUAAAAUGGAGUGUGUUUAUUG